CUCCGAUUUUCAUCUAAACGCAGUGUUACAUUGAAUUCAGACGACUCACAACUGAAAGAAAAUUUAGUUUUAAAUCUGUUAGGAGAUUUUAGGAAAAUUUGUCAAUUACAACUGGAGUACAUACACUGAAAUUAUACAAGAAAAAACCUUCAGUGGCUGAUGUGGUGGGCUAAGCUGUCUUUUUGCAAAGAUCUAUGAACCAACAGAUCCAUCUAAAAGAAAUUACCUUCUACAACAAUUGAAGUCAUGAGUACAUACACGAGAAGAAGUCUCAGUCCUCAUGGGCAGCAUGAUAUUCCAGGACAAAGACAAGGAAAUGUCUACACUCAAGUUCAACAUGGCAGGAGAGCAGAUGGAGUAGGCCGCCCAUUUCCAAACAAGCCUGUUAGCCACAGAAGACCUGUCAACCCCAGGACACAAGACUCACUUGAUCUGUAUGAUUUUGAAAAAAUCACUAUUACAAAACAACAAAGAGGCUCUUUCUUGCCCCAAGAACAUAAUUUAAAUGACAUCAGAAAGACCACUGGAUCCCAGCAUACAACAAAAGACUCACACGGUUUGCCCAGCGGAGAACUACAGAUGGCCAGAGCAAUUCAUGCAAAAGAACUAAUGCUACAGGAGAAGCUAUGGAGGGUUGAGGAAGUAAUAAGACAAAAGAUCCAGAGGGAUCGUGUCGCAGUUGCUGCAGGUAAUGAUGAGAUGACAAGUGAGAAGGAGAUGCAUGAUGGGGGACAAGCAGAGAGGGGAAAAGCUCACACAAAAACCAAGCUGUCUGAGCAGCACAGAAGAGAAGCACUGAGAAACGGAGAAAUAUUGAUGCAGGAAAGAAGGAAGGAGGAUGUUAAACAACUUAGGAGGAAGCAAGAUCAGAGGAAUGAGGACAGAAUGAAAAAAGCACAUGAAGAAGAGGGGGCCAGAUGGAAAAGAAGGGAAAUAGAAGCUGCAGAGUGUCCCCAGUCAAAACGACCUGGAAAUAAAGGGAGUCUUAACAAUACAGUAAAUAAGAAAAAAGUGAGUGGAGAGCUGAACAAAUUGAGAUGGGAAAAUGUGACAGAGCAUAUCAGAGGAAAAGGGGAUGAAAAAGAUCAAUACAUUAGGGGAAAAGCAGGUGUGGGGCCACAGGAUGGACUAGAGGAAGCAAAAGAAAGAGAACAAUAUAAGAAUUCUAUAAGCAACAUAGGUUGGCCAAGAGAGAAGAAAUAUAUGGAAAGAAUAUAUAAGGACAUGCGCUGUUCAUAUGAUGAACAAGACAUACCUCAAAUAACUCAAGAGAAACUUGCUCAUAGACUGGCAACAGAAACCCACAGAGGUGCAGAACGUAAAAUAUCUUGGGAAUCGACUCUCCCACCAGUUUCUAGUCCCCGUCAUUUCAGCAGACCGCACAAAGAGAAGCUGGGACUCAUGAACAGUACAGACACCAACUUCCAGCUACUUCCUUGCACAAUCUGCAACAGAAAGUUUAAAAGUGACAGGUUAGAAAAACAUGUCCAUAUCUGUAAAAAGGUGAGCCGAUCACAUCGUCAAGUCUUCAACUCCUAUGUUAAUAGGACCAAAGGAUCUGCCAUUGAGGAGUUCUGGAAAACUCACAGCAGAAGCAAAACUCCAGAGGUGUUACAGGAAAAGAGCAAAAGACAGAACCACAAAGCAUACGCGAAGGGUCAACUCCCAGCUGGAUCUUCACGGCAAAAAUGAUCCAAGUGAGCCGACAUGAACAGACUCAGAUGCUUUGGUCCUGGACCAGUUGAACAACAAAUCCUCAUGUAUCAGCACAUUAAAUCAUCCAUCUUGUUAUUGUCAA